AUGCCAAAGUCCUUCCUUGUGAAAAAGGCGAAGCGCCGACUCGACGAAGUCGGAGAGAGUAAUCUCUCGUGUUCUGGUAAGUAAAGCAUAUAAAUAUAUUUUCCUUACCGUGAUAGCGGGUUUCGACUGAUCCUAGUUUCCUUUAGUAAACUGAACUGAGAAAUCGAUGGUGGUAAGUUGCAAUUUUGCUUGUGGAUUUUUUUUGUUACACCGUUAUAAAUUUGUUUGUUGCGACCGAUUUCUUGUACUCAAAGCGGGGAGUAUUUGCUGACCGAUUAUUUAAUCGUAUCAACAUUUCUAUCCGCAAUCUUUUUUUACGCAACGAGAUGUUUUCUAAAAUACGCAUGCCGAGGUCUUGUUUUUCCUCGAGGGCAAAAGGGUCACGAAAGAUUCCACUUUGGACAAUAGCGACAUGUUUUUCUUCUUCUUUGUCUCGUAUUAGUCAAUACCUAGAGAUUUUCUGCCGCAAAUAUUCAAGCUCUUUCGAUUUUAAUCGCUGAAGACACUCCAAAGUCACGGAAAUCUCGUUCUCGUCAUAAUUAUUUCAAGGGCACGGUGGAAUCCAAUCAUUACUGAAGCGCGCUACAAGUCCUUAACAGGUUGUGCUAACACGGGCUUUUUGUAUUCUGUGGAUGGAACAAAAGGCAAGCGCUCGCCAAAGAACACAACUGAAUUGCCGCCCCAGGGGCUCACAUUUUAUUCUGCGCUAGUGGUGGCAUCAACCGCGGAUCGUCACGAAUUUUUUUUUUCAAUUUUGCGGUAUUUUACACUGCACGUAAAUUGCUUUGGGAGAAAUUGUAAAAUCACUUCGAUCAAGAGUUGUCUCAGAACGAUCGGGUCGACGGAUUGCAAUCCUUUGUAAAUGAUCGGGACAAAAGUGAAAAUUGGAAAUCCUUUCUUCGAGUUAAUUGACAAACGAAACUUAAUAGUUCUUUUCAAUGGGCUUUCAUAUUCAAAUGCGAAAUAAAGAUGGUUACAUAGAAAAGUUAAUGGAAAUUGCUAUUGACAUCUCAAGGUUCGCUUUGUUUGCUCACGGAUGUUGCACGCGUCUUCUAAAGGCUUCAAAACGAAACAAAUCAAACGAAAGCCUGUCUUCUUUUUGUUCCACUCGAAAACCGUAAUUUACACUAAAUGAGCAAUUUCAUUUUCUUUGCAGAGACUUGAACCGGAAACUUAGUCUCGCCACAAUGAAUUAUCAUUUGGAACACGAUGAAAUUUUGAACUGCAAUUAAAAACAAUUGCCUGAAGUGUUUAAAUUUAUCGGGAAUUUCAUAUCAGCAAACUUGCGCGUAAAUCUAAGUGAUGUAACGUUUGUAUUUUGUCCUGUAGGUGGCGAGCAGUUGAAUUAUAACCGAAAAUCAUCCAUCCGCAAAACUAUCGCGUGUUUUGUGAUAUAAAAGCAAACGGGCGGGAGAAUUAAUCCUUUAGGAACCUUGUUUUCUGAGGGGUUAUCUCUGACAUACAAGAUUUAGCCAAAUUGGGGUCAGAGGGGCAGGUCUACGGGAAAAACUUCUGCUCAAAAUUACCCAAGAUGUCACGAAAUUGCUACAUAAACACGAAAAGCUUGCCAGACUUCUACAGCUGGUUCGGGCAGCGACAUGACAGCGUUUUGUUUGACCAGCAAAAGCACACAGCACUUUCAAACUAAACAACGUUUAGUAAUUUCCGUUUCUUGCACUUACUGAUCACAAACCGUUCAGUUUCAAUUGAAUCAUUUCUGAAAGUUAAAUGUUUAAAAUGUUUAAAAGAGCCAUAUACAGUAUAUAUUUGAGAUAACACGUUCCACCCUGUCGACUAAAUUCGCGAAAACUUCGCGUCUUUCCUUGAAAUAAUCCGCUUUAUUUCUGAAGUUGUUAUGUCGAUAUGUCAGCAUUUCGGGCGUAAUUCUGCUAACAACAAUUCAACCCAAAUUUACAUUUUCGUUUCAAUUUGACAACGCUCGAUUUCUAUUCACAUAUCAUUCUGAUAGGAAGCGCACACCUGCCUAGGGGAUAACGCGUUUUACUGUGUUUUCAUUAAUAAUUCAUCCUCGAAGUCAACAGAUAUAAUAAAUUGGGAUUUUGUUCACGAAAGAAUUUAUGUACGUUUGACAGGCCGUCAGUUGUUUUUGUUAGCUAAUCUGCCCCGUUACAUUUAAGAAGCGCCGCGUCAUUCUCUUAAUUACAAUUCACUUAAAACUUGAGAUAAGCAAUAACAAAGACAUCAUGCACGUUCAAAUACCAGAGUAAAUUAAUCAGACGGGCAAUUAUUAAAGCAUUUGGUCCCUAAACGUUUGCGGCCAAGUCAAGAUUUCAAAAAAGAAAAUUUCUCGAGAAAGUUGCAUUUUCGUUGACGCGCCCUAAACAAAUAUAGACAACAAUGGCUUUCUGAAAAGCGCUGAGGACUUCGGACCCUCCCGACCAAUUGCUCAGCCAAUUUCUCGACGGUUUCUUCUAGAAUGCUCACACUUUCGAUCGUUUGAAAAACAGUUUUAAAAUUCAAACAAUAAAAAUAUAUUAGUAAAUUGAACAGAAUGGACUAGUCUUGAACCCCACUUCUUGAAACCCUAAGAUUUCGAAUUUAGGACAUAAUUUGCGGCCCCUUAAGUUACCGCGACUAUCGAGAAACGUGCCUCUCUUUGGAAAAAUGUUCUUACAUGGCCCUUAGUAACUAAUGGAAAAAUGUUUUGUUGCAGACAAAAGAGAGCCUUGUGAGUCCCCUACGUCAGCGCUCUCCAUGUUGAAUCAUGGGAAGCAGGAGGAGGACACACCGAGUACGUUACACCACAUCAUGAAAGACCCAUCUAAAGACACGAUAGAUGCUGCAAGGAACAGUUCAGUUUAUAGGGGCAGACCAGCUGAAAAGUUGACGGAAAAUUGGCCUUUAUUGCCCCACAUGUUUUUCUUCCCAUCUUUACCAACUCAAGGUAAUCCUCUGGCGGAAUGUUGUGCGCCUCUAAAAGUGCAAGUCUUGACGAGCAACUCGGUCAAAGAUGGCCAUUCUCCACCCAAUGAAGAAAGCAGAGAACGUGUGCGCAGACUUAAUAAGAUCGCCGAAAAGAUACCAAAACAUGCAGAAAUACAAGGAACAAUCAGAAAUAGUGAAAUUUUCCCGCCUUGGCUUCUCGAUUCUGCGCCAAAGUUUUGGAAAUCUGGACUAACCGAUGGAGCGCGCCUUCCUCUUCCCAAAUUCAAUUUUCCCGAUUCGAGGAUGAACAGAGAACGUGUUGAAAUGAACCGUCAUAAUUUUUACCCUUUUGAGAGAGUUCUUUGGUCAAGAAAGAGAAAAAUUGCGGGUACUGAAAGGGAAAUCUCCUUGUCACCUCAAAGUUAUAGGCUUCUCGAAACAUCUCAACUACCAGCGGCCAAGUGGAAAAAGUAUAGGAAAAGCCGAGAACACGGUGAGGGGGAACAUCAGAAACCAGAAAAAGACAGAAAUAUCGGACAGGAAAAGGAGUCGAACAGAGUGCAUGAUAAAGAUAACAUGGAACAAAAAGUACAGUCGAGAAAAUUGCCAGGCCGAGUGCUCACAAAUCGCAUGGAAUCUGAACACAACCCCAGGAAUAUUAAACACCACCAAGAUCCUACCGAUUGGCACAUCGUCGUGCCGAGCAGAUUGGCAGACGGAAUGUUCAAUUAUCAUGAUCCGUAUUCGUUAUGGGGACAAAGCGCUGCCGUAACAAGUUCUGUGUGGGUUCCUGACGUUUUAAAGACUGCAUCGAAAGAAGAUGUCACUGGAGAUGCGAAUGGCCCCAAGGGAACUGAAUUAUGGACGUUUAAAACAAAGAAAGAAGGAGAAGUUUCUUGUAAAGCCAAAGAAGAAACUGCAGUCUUUAAUCGGAAGGAAGAAGACAGGAAUACUUUCCAGCCCAAGCUGAAUUCUGAAAACCAAAUGGCGUGGUUCAAAAAGGGCUCACUUAGUCCAAAACUUAUAAAGGAAGAUUCGUGUGACAACAAAUCUGUUCUCAGUUUCUCUAACGACGAAGAUCACGUUCGAGAUUUUCAAAGGAAUCCAAGGAAAGAAGAAGAGAUUUUUAAAGAUGACACAAGACGUUCACCAGAUCACAGUACUAUCAAAGAUGUUAAUUUGCAUAAACUUGUGACAUUUGGUCACCAGAAUGUUAACUUAUCCAGACGUUUUAGCCCGGUGGAAAUUAGAGAUGGGAAAUUAUCUUCUGUGUCGUUCAGAUCUCCAGAACGGGUAAGCCCAAGCAACGAUGCGAUCAACUUAAAGAAAAGGAAAGAAUCUGACUCUUUGCUGCUCCACCAAGACGCCAAAAUGAACGUUGUUGAAAAGUCAAACGACGAGGUUCUUCCGUAUUCCUCGUCGUUUUGGCUUCUCAGCAAAGAACCAUCCGGAGUAUCCCAGGGUAGUGUUCGCCCAAAAUUACCUGUUGUAGCUUCCAGCCCUUCCUAUUGGAUGACGAAAAAUGGAGCUCAUGAAAAUGCGAAAAAGGAAUCCCCGAACGGAACUAACAGCCACAGAUGUGAAAUAUGCAACAGUGCGUUUCCACUUCGUCGUCUUCUCAACCGCCACCUUAAAACACAUUCAUUCUAUAAGCGUUACACUUGCUCCUACUGUGACAAAGGCUUCAAUGACACGUUUGACCUGAAGCGUCAUGUAAGAACACACACUGGAAUAAAACCUUUCAAGUGUGAGCAGUGUGACAAGUCGUUCACUCAACGAUGCUCUUUGGAGGCACAUCAAACACGGGUACACGGCAUUGUGCACAAGUUUGGUUUCCGUGAGAGACGCUCGAAGAUGUUCGUGUGCGAAGAAUGUGGAGCCACGUUUAAAGACAGCCAGUCAGAAUUCAUGACCCACAUGGCGAGUAUGCACCCAAAUCGAGAGAGAGGUCCAUGGAUGAACAAAAACACAAACCUCUGCUCCCAAGUUAUAACAUUUUGA